AUGGCUUCACUCGGUCCAUCCGCCGCAGGCAGUGCCGUAUCCUCCGUCUCCUCCGCAUCAGCAGUCCCCACACACCACCACCACCAUCACCAUAGCCUCGAAGCCGGCGCCAUCGCCGGCAUUGUGAUUGGGUGCGUGAUAGGCGGUCUCCUGCUCCUCGGCCUAGGCUUAUGCCUGUGCUGCGGCAAGAUGUUCAAGCGCGGCAACAAGAAGGCCGAGCAGCAGGUCCACCACCACGAGCAGUACAAGUCUCCGCCGGUCCAGCACAUCGAACGCCAGUACAACAGCCCUCGAACCACUACUACACCGCAGAUGGAACGCGGUGAUCCCGUCGGUGCUUCUGAAUUUCAGCUCCCCUGCCACACCGCUAGAACCGGAAACGGAACGACUGGCCGCUCCGGUGCUACAUAUGCACAGCCUGGCUGGGGGUCGGACAACACGUCUCGCGGCGAGCAGCAGCUCCACCCCAGCGUGGCCGGGAGUCACGGAGUAGUUGGACCCGGCCGCAUCAAUGCUGGACAUCCUGGCCGACUGCGCAACGGCGAGGACGUAUGA